AUGGCCACCACUUUUCCGCCAUUGAUGAUUCUCUUCCUAAUUUCUUCACUUUCUCUUCUCACCAUUAAUGCUACUUCUUCCCCAUCUCAUCAUCAAAACCCUGAUUCCAUCGUCGAUGAAGUCAACGACAGUAUUAAUAAUUCCUCCCGGAGAAACUUAGGUUAUCUCUCCUGCGGCACCGGCAACCCAAUCGACGACUGCUGGAGGUGUGACUCCAACUGGGCCUCUAAUCGUCAAAGGCUAGCCGAUUGUGCGAUUGGGUUCGGAAAGAACGCAAUCGGCGGGAGGAAUGGCCAGAUAUACGUCGUCACUGAUCCCGGAAAUGAUAAUCCGGUGAACCCAGUUCCCGGAACACUCAGACAUGCCGUCAUUCAAGAUGUGCCAUUAUGGAUCAUCUUUAAACGUGAUAUGGUCAUUCAACUACGUCAAGAGCUUGUUAUGAAUUCAUUUAAAACCAUUGAUGGAAGGGGUGUGAAUGUUCAUAUUGGUAAUGGUCCAUGCAUCACCAUACAUUAUGCUACUAACAUCAUCAUACAUGGCAUCCACAUACAUGAUUGUAAACAGGCUGGGAAUGGUAACAUCAGAAACUCACCACAUCAUUCUGGAUGGUGGACUCAGUCUGAUGGUGAUGGGAUCUCCAUUUUUGCAAGCCAACAUGUUUGGGUGGAUCAUUGUUCAUUGUCGAAUUGCCAUGAUGGAUUGAUAGAUGCCAUCCAUGGAUCUACAGCCAUCACCAUUUCUAACAAUUACAUGACUCAUCAUGAUAAGGUUAUGCUUUUGGGACAUAGUGAUAGUUACACACAGGAUAAGAACAUGCAAGUUACUAUUGCUUUCAACCAUUUUGGUGAAGGUUUAGUCCAAAGAAUGCCAAGAUGUAGACAUGGGUAUUUCCAUGUGGUGAACAAUGAUUAUACCCAUUGGGAAAUGUAUGCAAUUGGAGGAAGUGCAAACCCUACCAUCUACAGCCAAGGCAACAGAUUUAUGGCACCCAAUACCAGAUUUGACAAAGAGGUGACGAAGCAUGAGAGUGCAGCAGAAAGUGAAUGGAAGAAUUGGAACUGGAGAUCAGAAGGGGAUUUGAUGUUGAACGGAGCGUAUUUCAGGGAAUCGGGUCGAGGUUCUGCUUCAACUUAUGCGAGAGCUUCGAGUUUAAGUGGAAGACCGUCGACGCUGGUGGCUGGGAUGACGAGGGCCGCCGGUGCACUCAUUUGCAGAAAAGGCUCGCAUUGUUGAUCAGCAAUCUUGGAUUAAUAUAUACAGCUAGCCUUCUAUAUCGAUCAAGAAGCAUGGAUUUCGAGUUUCUUUGCUGUUUUAUGUUCUUCUUUCUUACUUAAUUUGACUAAAAAGUCAACCUCUGUGCUUGUUGGCAUAUGAAUCAAGAUGAGAUUUUUCAUAUGGAUC